GCUGGAACAAGCAGGGUGUCCGUUGGCUCCGCCCACUAGCAGCCAUUUGCCGCACCCUCCGAGCUGCACGGCGCGUCCGGUUGACGCUCCCGCUCCCGCUCCCGGACGCCGGGGGGCGCCAGCGCUGCGCGUGACGACAGCGUAGAAGAAGAAGAGGCGGGAGAAAAGCCGGAAGUGCCGUUCGACUGCGACUGUGAUGGCGGAUGUGGCCGAGAUCGACACCAUGAAGAGCUACCGCGGGGGCUUCGAGAGGAUCGACGCGGACACGAGCCGCUAUCCGUACUGCAUCGUGUGGACCCCCAUCCCCGUGCUGUCGUGGUUCUUCCCCUUCAUCGGUCACAUGGGCAUCUGCACCUCCACGGGUGUGAUCCGGGACUUCGCAGGGCCCUACUUUGUCUCGGAGGACAACAUGGCCUUUGGGAGACCAACAAAGUACUGGAAGCUGGACGUGAACAAGGUUUACACGAGCGGCUCGAACGCCUGGGACACUGCCGUGCACGAUGCCUCUGAGGAGUACAAGCACAGGAUGCACAACCUGUGCUGUGACAACUGCCACUCCCACGUUGCCCUGGCGCUCAACCUAAUGCGCUAUGACAACAGCACUUCCUGGAACAUGGUGAACCUCUGCCUGCUGUCGCUCAUCCACGGCAAGCAUGUCAGCUGUGCAGGGUUCCUGAAGACCUGGCUACCCUUCCUGAUGCUCACAGGAGUCUUCAUCACUGUGGGUCUCGCGCUUAACCUACGGUGACAAGGAGAGAGAGGGCAGGGUGGAGGAGGACAGUGAGGGAACACACACCUUCGGGGAGCACAGGCAUCUAUGGUGGGGGGGAUCUGAAGGUGGUGAUGAAGACGAUGGAUGGCAGUUUGCCUUUAUUUCUCUCUUUCUUUCCACUGUGUCACAGUCAUUCUGUCAUUCACUCUGUCAUCACGGGGCGGUUUCCAUGGAAACGGGGUGUUGCAAAGCCACUCUGCGCAUCUCACACUUGUCUGGGUUAUUGGUGAUGCUGAUGUUUUUUGCUUUUACACUAUAGGCCUUUUGCCAGAGCGCCUUGUCCUGCGCUCAGUAGGUAAACAGUAGGUGUGUCUCUUUAUAUUGUAGACAGUGUGAAGGAGGUCCAGCUGGUGCUUGUUUGCAGUAACAGUAGAAAUUCGUAGUGGAGGCCUCGGGUUCCAUGUCCCUCAUGAAGACUUGCUCAUCCUGGCUGAUCGGGACUGAAACGUGGUCCCUCACACCAGGGUAAAGACUGGACGUUGCUGCCACUGUCAAGGUGAGCACAGCGACUGUGGGCCCCACACCUGUGCCAGAAAGUGCCAAAGGUGGAGCAAGAUGCUGAGACGGACACGGCAAAGCACUCCGACAAUCGUCUCGGAAAAGAGGCGCCAUGCAGGCCUGCUGCACGAUGUGCUGAUGUGACCGAGGAUGUUCGCCCUCCGCUUGGGUAACGUCAUCUCGCUGUCCCCGCUCUCGGGCUCCAAGGAGACACCCUGCCCACCUUCACCGUGUCCACAAAGGACUUCCAGCUCCAGCCUCCGCCACAUUGCAGUUAUUGCAGUGUGACACUCGGUCUUCCUCCAUUUUUGUGCGUGACGUGUGCAGACGUCCACUGGAGCAGAGCACGGUCCACACGUGUGUGUGUGUGUGUGUGUGUGUGUGU